CACUAGUUAUUUUACUUUAUUUUUUUCCUAAAACUUCAGAAGUAAAAAACGAUCAAAACCCAAAAAAUGGCUAAUCUUUUUCCCCAACUUUCAACCACAAUCCUCCUAAUUUUCUCUUUUUACAUCGUUACUUCAACCACAACCGCCAACGACGUCAACUCCCUUGUCCUAGAUGUUGAAGGGAACCCACUCGAAGUAGGUUCAUCUUACUACGUCCGUACUGCAGUGUCAAUAUACAGAAUAGGGGGUGGCCUAGUCGCGGCAUCCAAACCAAACCAAAUUGAAUGCCCUCAAUACGUAGCCCAAUUAGCCGAAGGCUGGUACGGCGAAGCCCCAAUAACAUUCCUACCAUCAGACCCAUCACAAAAACACGUUCACAUUUCCUCAGACCUUAACAUAAUCUUCAACACCUCAUCUAGCGUCUGCUCGCAAGGGGCAUGGCAGCUAACCCCCGAUGCCAACUCCGGUGAACUCCACUUGUCUACCGGAGGUGUUAUUGGAAACCCGAGCCCUCAGACCGCAGCUAAUUGGUUCAAGAUAGAGAAAAGUAUUGCUGGUUCGGAGUUUUACCAGCUCGAAUAUUGUCCGUCUAGUAGUACGAUCAACGGGUUUGCAGCUAAGAAAGAUAUAGUAUGCGGCUUUAUCGACGCUAUUUUCGGCAGAAAUGACUACCGCAUGUUGUGGUUAGGUCUAGUUCAAGGAAGGCCAAGUUUCAACACUCUAAGUUUCAUUAAAGCUUAAGUGUCGUGUGGUUUUCCUCGCUCCUAAAUACAUUACUACGCAUGUACUCAAGAAUAAUAUAAAUAAAUAAACAAGGUUGUUCAUCUUGAAAAUUUCUCUUCAUUUGAGUACUUAAUUACGAAUGUCUUUGGCGGAA